AUGGACACAUUUCUAUCUCCUCUACCAUUUAUCUCCUAUAAUUUCGAAUCUGCCAAUUUCACAUUCAAAAUUCCGAUCUACAUCGAGCUAGAACAACCGCUAGACUCGAUGCUAAUGAUAAUUUUUUGUAUGGAAUUUUUGGCCCUAAUUCCAUCGAUGAUUAUAAUGUCGUAUUUUAUAUGGAUAAUUUAUUCGAUUUCAUUGGUUCAUCGAAAUAUUUCGAUUCUGAUUUUGGUUGCGUUGAUUAAUUUUAACAUUAGUGGAAUUUCAAGGUUUUAUAUUCUACUUGUUCAGCUGAAACUUAUUCAGGGUAGGUUUUGAGAUCUAGAAAUUAUUUUUAGUCCUGACCAAACCUCAAGUUUCAUUCAUUCAUAAAUAAAAUAACCUGGUUUUCGCGUAACUCGAGAUUCUUGUAUUUUAAAAUAUCAGAGAUCUUAGACUAAUUAAAAAAAAAAAAAAAAAUUUUGUUCAUGGAAACUGAAGAUUUUUAGCUUUAAAAUUUUUGUUCUGUAUCAAAUUUUUUUGAAUUUUUUUUUGCUAUUCUAUCAACCCAUUAGUUCCGGUUCUGACUAAUGAAAGUCUAUUUUUUUCGAGAAAAAAAACAUGAUAAAAUAUUUCGAUUCGCUGAACUCGUUAAUUACUUAGUCAGACAAGAUUUUUUUAAUCAAAAAAUCAAACUUUAUGAAAAAAUUAGUGAUUUCUGUAGAAUCUGUGUGAGAUGGAAAGUCAAACUGGAUUAGAUUGUUGCUAAAAGAUUCCGCUGAACUCUGACUUCAACCAAAUCUCGGAAUUUUUCCAGAACAUCCUCUAGCUCUCCUGAUCGCCUCACUCUUCCGAAUCGAAUUCUACGGCUGUGCAAUCGCAGGUUUCCCCAUCACAGCCAUCGAAAGAUUCUUCGCCACCUAUUACCUCGGUGACUACGAAUCCUCAAAUCGACAUUGGAUUCUCUACGCUCUUAUCCCACUUCUCAUUAUCUCACCUCAACCGUUAGUCUAUCUCACUUUGCUCACUGAUUAUCCGCUGAUCUUUCCUCUGGGAGUUUCGGGUAUAGCGAUUUUUGGAAGUCAGAUCUUCUUCAAUAUUUUGUACCGGUUCAAUGAGAAUGAGAGACUUAGAAUUAAGCAGAACCCGAUGAUGUAUACAUUGGGGAAGAAGUUUCAACUCGAGGAGAACCUACACGUCAUGUGGGUGAGUUAGGUUAACAAGAUCUGAAACUUCAGUUAAUUCGAUCUUUCAAGAUCCUCCGCGCAGUUGGUCAUAUUCUCAUAUUCCUUGCCUUGAUUCUGAUAAUCAUCCUAGUUUUCCCAUGGCAAACUCUUCUGGGUUUCGAAAACUACACGGAGUUUUACUGCGCUGUUGACUUGGUUAUAGCCCUAUCCUCGUUAUUUUUACCGAUUGUUAUGGGACGUCUUCUAUACGUCAAAAGGAAUCCUGGAUUUUUGCGGAAAAUUCAGUGGAUGUUUGGGAAUUCGAGAAAGCCGACAGUUUCUACCGUGAAAUCGGUGAUGAGGGAUGAAACUUCAGUGUAUUUUAGACAGUUUGAUAUGUCGUGGAAGUGA